ACCUACCACAUGCGAGCACAUGCACUGAAGGAGGAGAGCGCCCAGAAGCUGAGGGAGGAGGCUGUGAAGGAGGAGAACGGGGAGGAGACUCCGACGCCGAUGCGGAAGAGGAGGCACGCCGCGGAGAAAGCUCGGCAGAUCGUGAAGAAGAUGGCUUCAGACAUUGCAGAGUCCGGCAGCAAGAGCCGUGAUAGCAAGAAGGAGACGGUUCUUCCCUACAAAGUACCAGACUUCCUUCCUGUUACUCCUGAGAUGCUCUCAACCUGGAAGCAGGAGCUGAAGAAGAAUGGCUUCAUACAUUGCGAGUUCCCA